GCUGAAACCGAUGAAAGUGAAGGCACAGGUAAUUGUUUGGAAGCAGACGACAUAGUAUCAAUUGACACAAGACCAGAUCCAAAAGAGAUUGGAGAUCUUACACAGGAGGAAGCAGAAAUUCGUAACAAGUUACUCGCCGUUUUAAAUGAUUACCAAGAUAAAGCAAAAGUGUCAGGUGCAACUUACAUGAAUUCAGUGUGUCUCAAUGGUAUACUGGAUCUUUCAAAUGAAGAAAUUUACGAAAAUGUAAAAAAAAUCUUUGAAAUAAAUCAAUUAAAUUGGCUUGAAAAAGUCAUUGAGAAAAAAAUUUGGAAACCAACACUCGAAUUUACCCAAUACGUUGAACAAUUUACUAAAAAUACAUGUACCCGAGCCGAGGUUCCAUCUCUUGUUCGAAAGUCCUACAUAUUAGGGCGAUUUGAUCUGUGCCACCAUGAGUCACAUGAUAUUGCUCAGCAAAUCUUGAUGCAUCUAUCGAUGCUUUAUGGAGAUGAAUUAAGAGACAAUCUUCAUUUAACUUCAGUUGAAGAAACCCCAUUAAAGAAACAGGCGAAAAAGAGUAAAAAUCAACCUUCAAGUCCUGGAACACCAUGUCCCGGAUCCCCUUGUUCCGAAUUGCCAUUUGACUUAUUG